AUGCACCCGGUGGCGCUUGCAGCCCUGGGAGGCUUUGGUGUCAUGGCCAUAUUCGUUGGGAUCGCCAUAUGGGAGCUGCACCAGCAGGAGAGGGCGUACAGGGAAUCUGCCUAUUACUCUGGCCACCCAUCCUACCCAGAAUACCAGUAUGUGAACAGCUCUGCAGAGCCUGCUGAGGAGGCACAAAAUAGGGUGUUGGAGGGUGUCUACGCAGAGGCCAGAGAGGACCUGCGGAAAGUCAGCAGGAUGCGCCCGGGAGAUGAUCGCAGGAGGGCUGUGAGAGCACUGAGGUCUCGCUAUCAUCCGGUCCGAUAUCCAGUCAGCCUGCGAGGCAUCAUGACAGAGGUGUCUGCCUUCAUCAACGCACAGACAGAGCGCCUCCUCUGA